AUGUCGUUCUACCCAGAAGGCUGGACGCAUGAACGCCUUCUUAACGCGAGCGGACAAGACCUGAUGGCUCUGUCAGAAACCCAACGCAGCACUCUUUUCGACGGUCUGAAAGCCACUCACGGCGAAGAUGGUUUCCGUGAAAUAAUGCAAGAGAUGAGUCGCCGCUACCGGGCCCGAGUUGAGGCCGCCAAGUCAGAGGAAACCAAGCUGCAAGAGCAGGAGCUCCGCGCACCUUUUAUUCAGCCCCUGAAUUCCGUCUUCCGAAGCGCCGCGACUGAGGACUGGGGGAAUUGGGGAUUUGUGGUGUUCCGUACGACUCCCUAUGGGGCCGAGCAUGAGACGCAGUGGGCGGAAUUUCGAAGACGGUGGGACGCGGUGAUCGAGGAGGGAUUAGCCCCGUAUCGGGGCUCGUUGCCUCAGGUAGACCGAGCGAUCAAUUUGUUACAGUUUCAGUGGGUGGAACAGCCCGAAUUAGACGGUGUAGAUGCAGCGGAUGUGGCCAGACGCUUUAAUGAAAUGGCCUUACCAAAAGGACUCGCCACUUCCGCUUGUCUACUGGUAACGCCAGCUUCUAUGGAGUCUGUCCUCUCCUCGCCACUUCUUUUUUCCGCGCCACGCCGUGAGCGCCAAAGAAUUCCUUUUGUUGUUUCGGUAUCUCAGGGAGCGAGCGCCCCACGUCUGCCACCUUUGCUAGGCCUAGGUGAUGAGGAUAUGGCCGGCGCUGAAUUUAAGGGGUAUCUUAAUGUGGCUCUGGAGACUCUACUGCAAGAGUUUUACCCGAUUGUCGCAUUGCAGAUGAUGGAUCUACCUAGACUAACGACGAAAUUCCGCCAUGAGAAUGAUAUCUGGUGCUCGAGUGAUCGGUGGGGGGUGCACUAUUAUGAGGAAUCC